GUUGGGUGGGUGUGGCCCAGAACACAAACACCCGGAGCAACAGUGUCUGUAACAACAGCACCGAGCGGAAUGUGUCAGGCGAUCAGUCCAGUCUGACGUGUGUGUGUGUGAGAGACAUGAGUAUAUGAUCAGUAGAGUGUCGAUAGAACAGCGAUCGAGUGUUGGACCCGUCGGGUCGUGGGGGGGGCCUCAGGAUGUUGGUGUUUAUGCUGCUGCUGCUGCUGCGGGCGGCCUCUGUGGACGCGGCUCCAGACUAUUCCUAUGAGAAGCAGUAUGGGGAGACACUCACUGUCAGGAUGUGGUCGAAUGCUCUUUCACUCAAGUUCAUCCCAGACAACACCAACUUUGAGUCAGAGAUCUUCUUGAAACCCAGCGACCCUUCGGUCCCCGUGGACAGCAGGAGGAGUGUCUUUGGGGGCCACUUGGAGAUCAAAAAUCUAACCCAGAAAGACGAUGGCAUCUAUGAAAUGAUCGGCCAAAAUGAGAGAGUCCUGAAGACAUGGUCCCUUGAGGUCACAGCACAAUAUAAGGACCUUGAGCGGAAGGCUGGUGAAGAACUCAGAUUCACAUUUCCUCUGGUCAAGGACCACUGCAACAUCCAUUUCUUCCCAAAGAAAAAGGAUGAUGAAUGGACGAGGUAUGACACCGAGCUAGUUCGUAACGGCAGAACGGUGGAUACCAACUCACUCUGCAAUGACUUUGAAUUUGUAAAACCGUGCGGGUUGAAGAUGGAGAUGCAGGAGUCGUGCGACGGACACUUUGAGGUCAGAGAUCAAUAUGAUGGAGUCGCCUUGAACCUGUAUGUGGAUUUGAUGGACGAACCUUUUGAUUUGGGCUACAUUGGAAUUUGCGUUGGUGCUUCCCUGGCCUCACUUAUCUGCUGCUGCUGUGUGAAACGCUGCUGCUGCAAAAGCUCCAAGAAAAAGGACACAGACUCUGCUGCCGCUGAAGUGGCUGUGGCUUACAACGAGUAUGACCACACGACAGUGGCACUGGGGCCAGCGCAGCCCACUCCGCGCCCUGUGACAUACUACACCGCUCCGCCUUCCCAAGCUCCGACUGGCCCGCUGAUACACAAUCCUACUAUAGUGAAUGGGCCACCUGCUUAUUCUGAGGUUUCUGCUCCAGCAGAGCCGGCCGACGCUCCCGGUCCCUCUCUGCUCUCUGACUCUGGGCUGCAGUUUGAACUGAAGGGAAUGAACUUUCCCUGUGCUCCCCCUCUCAGCGCAGAUCCAACUUACAUCAGUGUUUAUACUUCCAACAAACUCGACUUCCUCUGAAAGCCUUGAAUUUGAACGCUGCACUCAUUGAAUGAAAGGUUUGACAUUGGGGAUAUAUGCCUCAUCUGGUUGUCUAAGGAACUGGCUCCAGCCAAGAAACAGUCACACAGCCUUGUCCAUAAGAACAGAAUUAAAUAAGCAAAACAUGGUAAUCUGUGGUUUUUAGAAACACUGAUGAGUUCAUUCAAAUAGUUAAACAGAAAGCAGAGAUAUGUUUUCCUGCCUAUUUCUUUUGUCAAUGCCCAGCUAAGCUUACCAACUGCUGGCUGUACUCAACCAGCCGUCAUACAGGCUAUAGGGAACCGACUCUGAAAGACACCCAUCCAUUGAAGAUUCCAUAACGCUCCGUUGUGCCAAAUUUGACCAGACUGGAUAAACAGGGAAGUAGCAGGAGAAAGGGAAGACCAUAGGUUUCACUUUUAUUUGAGAUCACUCUGAUCUUCGAAAGCCAUGUGGGACGAUCAGUGAGUUUAAAGCCAUAGGUAAAAAAACAUCCACUCUCAAAAGCAAGUCCUUCUGCAGGUCUUGUCAGGAAUACCUCAUCUGUUACAGACCAGUUUGCCUGUGAAAAACCUGCAUCAGGGAAGCUGUGGAUGUUCACUCACAUUUGUAGAGAUGCAAAACUACUAACUGACAAUUUUUCUCAGGUCCGUCCACGCACAGACUCGAAUGGUUUCUUUUUAAUCGAAUGAAAAAAGACCGUAUGAUAACUUGAAAGAUACCAAACACCGAGGUUGCUUUUUUUCCAUUGUUCUUUCGAUGAAGACUUUAACACACCUCUGUGCCGCACUCAUCUCAGCACCGUGCCUUGACCACGCAACUAAACAUGAAUGUAGGCGCACAGACGCUCACACAUGCUCACUUCACCUUCUUCCUGCAUGUCUCCUCCCUCUCAUAUAUGCACUGAACACAACAGUAGAUUUUUAUUUAGCUUUUACGACCCAUGUGAUAGUUAUUCAAUUAGUUGUCGUCAUACUCUGCAUGUCGUAGUGCAUUCAAUUCUGUAGAUGGGUUGGAUGUUGUUGAAACUGUAGUUGUAACACAUGUUAGAAUCCUGUUUUUGUAUCAUGGUGUAUUUUACGUCAGGAGUAUUAAACCUAACAACAAGGA